UCUGCGUGUACGCGAUGGGCUGUGCAGGCAGCAGGUGCUCAGACAGGAAGGGACGGGCUUAGCUCUGUAGAACUCACUGAUUCCUCUCCCUGCUGCUGCUGCUGCUACUGCACAUCAAGAACAAACAGCUGCAACCCUGGGGUCUGGCUGCCUGCAACGUUAUUAUUUUUAUUAUUAUUAUUAUAUCCAGAUCCAGCCACAUGCUGCCCCUUCCUUUACAGCAGGCAGAUCACAACAUCACAGGCACUGACUGGAUAGAUUAAUCAAUGGUUCUGCAGUUUUGAAGAUCUCUUCCCUGGGCCAUUUGUGUCAGUUAUUUUUUUCAGACUGUUGUAACUAAACCUUCUCGAGACUGUUGCUACCGGAUUUAGUAACCAUGACAACCCACGUAACGCUGGAAGAUGCGUUAUCCAACGUGGACCUUCUGGAGGAGCUGCCCCUCCCCGACCAGCAGCCAUGCAUUGAACCUCCACCUUCAUCCAUCAUGUACCAGGCUAACUUUGACACCAACUUUGAAGAUCGUAAUGCAUUUGUAACAGGAAUAGCCCGAUACAUUGAGCAAGCAACUGUGCAUUCAAGCAUGAAUGAGAUGUUGGAGGAGGGGCAGGAGUAUGCUGUCAUGUUGUAUACCUGGAGAAGCUGUUCUAGAGCCAUUCCACAGGUAAAAUGCAAUGAGCAACCAAAUCGUGUAGAAAUUUAUGAGAAGACAGUGGAAGUUUUAGAGCCAGAAGUCACAAAAUUGAUGAAGUUUAUGUAUUUUCAGCGCAAAGCAAUAGAGAGAUUCUGUAAUGAGGUGAAGCGAUUGUGCCACGCUGAGCGCAGGAAGGAUUUUGUUUCUGAGGCAUACCUGCUUACUCUGGGCAAGUUCAUUAACAUGUUUGCAGUGCUGGAUGAACUGAAAAACAUGAAGUGCAGCGUGAAAAAUGAUCACUCGGCUUAUAAACGAGCUGCUCAGUUUCUUAGAAAGAUGGCUGACCCCCAGUCUAUACAGGAAUCGCAGAAUCUUUCAAUGUUUCUGGCCAAUCACAAUCGGAUUACACAGUGUCUGCACCAACAGCUAGAGGUGAUUCCUGGAUAUGAGGAGCUUUUGGCUGACAUUGUGAAUAUCUGUGUUGAUUAUUAUGAAAACAAAAUGUACCUUACUCCAAGUGAAAAACACAUGCUUCUCAAGGUAAUGGGAUUUGGAUUGUAUCUAAUGGAUGGAAAUGUCAGUAACAUUUAUAAAUUGGAUGCAAAGAAGAGAAUCAACCUCAGCAAAAUCGACAAAUUCUUCAAGCAGUUGCAGGUGGUGCCGCUAUUUGGUGACAUGCAGAUAGAGCUGGCCAGAUACAUUAAGACCAGUGCUCACUAUGAAGAGAACAAAUCAAAGUGGACCUGCACUCAGAGCAGUAUCAGCCCUCAAUACAAUAUCUGUGAGCAGAUGGUCCAGAUUCGAGACGACCACAUCCGUUUUAUCUCCGAGCUGGCGCGUUACAGCAACAGUGAGGUGGUGACUGGCUCAGGUUUGGACAGCCAGAAGUCUGACGAAGAAUACAGGGAGCUGUUUGACUUAGCUCUAAGGGGUCUGCAGUUACUGUCCAAGUGGAGUGCGCAUGUCAUGGAAGUGUAUUCGUGGAAGCUGGUUCAUCCCACUGACAAGUUCUGUAACAAAGAUUGCCCUGGAACCGCAGAAGAAUAUGAACGAGCCACACGGUAUAAUUAUACCAGUGAAGAGAAAUUUGCCUUUGUGGAGGUGAUUGCAAUGGUGAAGGGUCUACAGGUGCUCAUGGGUCGGAUGGAGAGUGUGUUUAAUCAAGCCAUACGCAAUACAAUAUAUGCUGCACUACAGGAUUUUGCUCAGAGCAUCCUCCGCGAGCCUCUCAGACAGGCAGUGCGCAAGAAGAAAAAUGUUCUGAUUAGUGUCCUACAGGCUAUACGUAAGACAAUCUGUGACUGGGAGGGAGGUCGAGAACCACCCAAUGAUCCGUGCCUACGUGGAGAAAAAGACCCAAAAGGUGGUUUUGAUAUCAAAGUUCCUCGGAGAGCAGUUGGACCUUCCAGUACACAGCUGUACAUGGUUCGCACAAUGCUAGAGUCUCUGAUUGCUGAUAAAAGUGGCUCAAAAAAGACAUUACGCAGCAGCCUGGAUGGACCUAUCGUACAAGCCAUUGAAGAGUUUCACAAGCACUCCUUCUUUUUCACUCACCUACUGAACUUCAGCGAGGCUCUGCAGCAGUGCUGUGACCUUUCCCAGCUCUGGUUCCGUGAAUUCUUCCUGGAGCUUACAAUGGGAAGGCGCAUCCAAUUCCCUAUCGAGAUGUCAAUGCCAUGGAUCCUUACUGACCACAUCCUAGAGACUAAGGAACCGUCCAUGAUGGAGUAUGUGCUGUAUCCUUUGGAUCUGUAUAAUGACAGUGCUUACUAUGCUCUCACUAAAUUCAAGAAGCAGUUUCUCUAUGAUGAGAUUGAAGCUGAGGUCAAUCUGUGCUUUGAUCAAUUUGUGUACAAAUUAUCUGAUCAGAUCUUUGCAUAUUACAAAGCCAUGUCAGGCAGUGUUUUGCUUGAUAAACGCUUCCGUGCAGAGUGCAAGAAUUACGGCGUGAUUAUUCCAUAUCCACCAUCUAAUCGUUAUGAAACUCUCCUUAAGCAGCGCCAUGUGCAGUUGUUGGGGAGAUCCAUUGACCUGAACAGACUAAUCACUCAGAGGAUCUCAGCUGCCAUGUAUAAAUCUCUGGAUCAGGCGAUCAGCCGCUUUGAAAGUGAGGACCUGACCUCCAUCGUGGAAUUGGAAUGGCUUCUUGAUAUUAAUCGGCUGACUCACCGACUACUCUCCAAGCACCUGACCCUGGACAGUUUUGAUGCUAUGUUCCGAGAAGCCAAUCAUAAUGUUUCAGCUCCCUAUGGGAGAAACACGCUACAUGUCUUCUGGGAGCUCAACUUUGAUUUUCUGCCAAACUACUGCUACAAUGGCUCAACAAACAGGUUUGUCCGUACUGCAAUUCCCUUCACACAGGAGCCACAAAGAGAUAAACCUGCUAAUGUCCAGCCGUAUUACCUGUAUGGGUCAAAGCCGCUCAAUAUUGCUUACAGCCACAUAUAUAGCUCGUAUCGGAAUUUUGUGGGACCUCCUCACUUCAAAACAAUUUGCCGCCUGCUAGGGUACCAGGGAAUUGCAGUAGUAAUGGAAGAGCUUCUUAAAAUCGUCAAGAGCCUGCUGCAGGGAACCAUUCUCCAGUAUGUCAAAACACUUAUUGAGGUCAUGCCAAAAAUCUGUCGGCUGCCACGUCACGAGUACGGAUCUCCUGGGAUACUGGAGUUCUUUCAUCACCAGCUGAAGGAUAUUAUAGAGUAUGCAGAGCUAAAGACUGAUGUUUUCCAGAGCCUGCGAGAGGUGGGAAAUGCAGUACUCUUCUGUCUGCUUAUAGAGCAAGCUCUGUCUCAGGAGGAAGUGUGCGACCUUCUUCAUGCUGCACCCUUCCAAAACAUUUUGCCACGUGUCUACAUUAAAGAGGGUGAACGAUUGGAGGUGAGGAUGAAACGACUGGAAGCCAAGUAUGCCCCUCUCCAUCUGGUUCCAUUAAUUGAAAGGCUGGGAACUCCACAGCAAAUUGCCAUUGCUCGGGAAGGAGACCUUCUGACCAAAGAGAGAUUGUGUUGUGGCCUUUCCAUGUUUGAAGUCAUCCUGACUCGAAUCCGCAGCUACCUGCAGGAUCCCAUCUGGCGAGGACCACCCCCUACCAAUGGCGUAAUGCAUGUGGAUGAAUGUGUAGAGUUUCACCGGCUCUGGAGUGCCAUGCAGUUUGUAUAUUGCAUCCCUGUGGGAACCAAUGAGUUUACAGCGGAGCAGUGCUUUGGUGACGGGUUAAACUGGGCAGGUUGCGCCAUCAUUGUACUUCUAGGACAACAGCGCCGCUUUGAUCUCUUUGACUUCUGCUACCAUCUACUGAAGGUGCAACGCCAGGAUGGGAAAGAUGAAAUCAUAAAGAAUGUGCCUCUGAAGAAGAUGGCAGACCGAAUUCGGAAAUACCAGAUUCUAAACAACGAGAUUUUUGCUGUUCUAAACAAAUACAUGAAAUCAGUAGAAAGCGACAGUUCCACAGUAGAACAUGUUCGUUGCUUCCAGCCACCCAUUCACCAGUCACUGGCCACUACCUGCUGAAUAGCAUGCAAGGACAUAGUGUGAGACGUGGAUCAGUGACAAAUCCCAUGUUGUUGUGGUGCAUGUGUGUUCAGUUGUCACCAUACAGUUACAUGGCCUACGACGACAGAAGCAUCAGGACAGUGAUGGGGCAUAGCCACGUUAAAGGGUGUUGAUUCACCUCUAAGCAGUACUCAGGAGAUUACUGGGAUUAAAAUCAACGUGGCAAGUCUCAUAAAUGUGAUGCAAUCUGCGCAGUGACGAUGGUUUUAUAUUGGUUUUAAAGUAUUUUAAGUAUUUUGCUCUACAACGGGCAUUAGCCCAGUGCUCUUCAACCUUACCGGGAACAAUCUGUGUCAUACCCGGAAUUAGGUGUAUGGCUGACUUCAAAACUUCCAUCCCCAUACAUUUGUUCUAUAUUCCUAUUUAUUGUAACUCUGUACUAUGUUGUGUUUUUUUUCUGCUCACUGAGAAUCUUGCCAUUUAACCCAGGGUGGCGAUCAAUCCAAGGUGAUCCUAAGAACAUUUAUUAUAGAUGUCAUUAUUAUCCACCCCAAAAGAGAAGCUAAGAUAAUAUAUUUUGAGGCAGAAAGGAUACUUGAACAGGUUGUGGUGAAGGAGAAGCUAUAUGACACAUACAAACACCUCGACCCUUUAAAAAGAGCAAAUAUAUAUUGAACGUCAUUGAAAAUUAUAGCUCUGGUUUUAUGUAUUCUUACUGGGUGUAUACAUUCAAUGCCCAGCUGCGCACAUCAGCAAAAAUUAUCCAAAAUAAAUUAAAACAACCACCAUCAAAUUUUAUAUAUUUCUAUUGGAAACCUAUAAUUGAGAUAAGUUAUCAAAUAGUGGCAUUUCAUUUUACUGUACAUCUCAUAACUUCAAUUGUGUAAUUUAUCAUUAUUUGAUAUAAUAUUUAUACUAUAUAAUUCAGAUCCCUUAAUGCACAUACACUAAUAAGGGUUACUCUGUAUUGCAAUCUGUAAAUUUGACAAGGAGUUGUAGUUUUAUUCACCAAACAUUCAAUUGUGGGAAAUUGAACAUUCAAUCUGGAAAAUUAGGGUCAAAAUGAACUGUUUUGACUUGAAUUAUGCAUAUUGAGUUUUCAGUGUUUAUCACGCCAGUUAGAAUAAAAAAAAUGCAUCGACAGCUCAUUCUAAAAUCUCCUAAAUAGUUUUUUGGUUGAAAUGUCAAACCAUAAUUGAUUACUAAGUAAUGCUACUGUACUAGUGCAAAAUGCAGAGAACAGAAAAGGGAACCCAAUAUUGUAUUCAAAUUUAAGUUUUGGAUUUAAUAUUAAUUAAUAAAGGUACACAUUAUGGAAACCCCACAAGAUUAGGAACUUUUUCUUUCUUCAAUUUCCCUCAGUUCCAUGUAUAAUCUAAAUGUAUGUGCUAAAAAGGUGCAUAAAGUUUCAAAAGGAAUGGCAAAAAAAACCUGCAUUUCUCUUGUCCCCAGAUAUGAAGUGAGACUAGCUUUGGCCAAUUUCUGGGUAUAUUGCUCUUUUUAUUUAAGACCCUAUGAUUUUUGAUGGAUCUAUGUAAAUAACUCUGAUAUUGUCAUUUAAUAAAUUGACAUGUUAAAAAU